AUGGUAGCCACCAAGGAACACAUCAAUAUUGUGGUUAUUGGACACGUAGACAGCGGAAAGUCGACGACCACUGGACAUUUGAUCUACAAAUGUGGAGGUAUCGACAAGCGUGCGAUCGAGAAGUUCGAAAAGGAGGCCGCUGAGAUGGGUAAAGGUUCCUUCAAGUAUGCGUGGGUGCUUGACAAACUGAAAGCUGAACGUGAACGUGGCAUCACGAUUGAUAUUGCUUUGUGGAAGUUCGAGACGGCGAAGUACUUCGUUACUGUGAUCGACGCUCCUGGGCAUCGUGACUUUAUCAAGAAUAUGAUUACUGGAACUAGCCAGGCUGACUGUGCUGUCUUGAUCGUCGCCGCUGGUACUGGUGAGUUCGAGGCCGGCUUCUCCAAGGACGGCCAGACGAGGGAGCAUGCUCUGUUGGCUUACACACUUGGCGUGAAGCAGCUUAUCGUUGCGGUGAAUAAAAUGGACAGCACCACUCCUCCGUAUAGUGAGGAACGAUUCAACGAGGUCGAGAAGAAUGUGUCUGCGUAUGUCAAAAAGAUUGGCUACAAUCCGAAGACGGUUCCUUUCGUUCCCAUCUCUGGAUGGAACGGCGACAACAUGCUGGAAAAAAGCGACAAGAUGCCUUGGUUCAAAGGUUGGAAGGUGGAACGAAAGUCUGGGGAAGUCACCGGCGUGACCUUGUUCCAAGCGCUUGACUCGAUUGAUCCACCCAGUCGACCCACCGACAAACCACUCCGCCUCCCUCUCCAAGACGUGUACAAAAUUGGUGGCAUUGGAACUGUGCCGGUCGGUCGUGUGGAGACUGGUGUUAUGAAGCCGGGCAUGGUAGUCACCUUUGCGCCAAGCAACAUCUCAACUGAAGUGAAGUCUAUUGAAAUGCACCAUGAGUCCCUGUCGGAAGCUCUCCCCGGUGAUAACGUCGGUUUCAACGUCAAGAACAUUUCCGUCAAAGACAUCCGUCGUGGUAACGUCGCUGGUGACUCCAAGUCUGACCCUCCGAAAGCCGUCGAGAACUUCACUGCCCAAGUUAUCGUCUUGAACCAUCCCGGUGAGAUCAAGGCUGGGUAUGCCCCUGUGUUGGAUUGUCACACCGCCCACAUCGCUUGCAAGUUCAACGAACUUGUUGAAAAGAUUGAUCGUCGUUCCGGUAAGGUCCUUGAAGAUCAUCCCGCCCAUGUGAAGUCCGGUGACGCCGCGAUUGUCAUCAUGACUCCCAGCAAACCCAUGUGUGUCGAAUCCUUUGCAGAUUAUCCACCCCUCGGUCGUUUCGCUGUCCGGGAUAUGAAGCAGACUGUGGCUGUUGGCGUCAUUAAGGCGGUUGCCAAAAAGACCGAGGCUGCCAAGGCAACGAAGUCUGCUCAGAAGGUCGCUAAGAAAAAAUAA